UGGGCUGGCGGCAGCAGUGUCCAAUCGGGGUCGGCUGGCUGCUCGGAGCCAGCCAAUGGGAGCUGGCCACAAGGUAUAUAUGGGCAGCUCCCCCGCUGUUGUCCUGGGUCACCUGUUGCGCUGGAGUAGAGGAGUCCCCGUCGUUCUGCUGAUCAGGACUCGCCCCCGCCCGCCAUCAUGCCGUUCGGGAACACCCACAACAAGUACAAGCUGAACUUCUCCGCGGAGGAGGAGUUCCCCGACCUCGCCAAGCACAACAACCACAUGGCCAAGGCCCUCACCCUGGACAUCUACAAGAAGCUGCGAGACAAGGAGACCCCCAGCGGCUUCACCCUGGAUGACAUCAUCCAGACCGGGGUGGACAACCCAGGGCACCCCUUCAUCAUGACGGUGGGCUGCGUGGCCGGGGACGAGGAGUCCUACACUGUCUUCAAGGACCUGUUUGACCCCAUCAUCCAGGACCGUCAUGGCGGCUACAAGCCCACGGACAAGCAUAAGACCGACCUGAACCACGAGAACCUGAAGGGCGGAGACGACCUGGACCCCAACUACGUGCUGAGCAGCCGGGUGCGCACUGGGCGCAGCAUCAAGGGGUACACGCUGCCCCCCCACUGCAGCCGCGGGGAGCGCCGCGCCAUCGAGAAGCUCUCUGUCACUGCCCUGAACAGCCUGACCGGGGAGUUCAAGGGCAAGUACUACCCCCUGAAGGACAUGAGCGACAAGGAGCAGCAGCAGCUGAUAGACGACCACUUCCUGUUCGACAAGCCCAUCUCGCCCCUGCUGCUGGCCUCAGGCAUGGCCCGCGAUUGGCCCGAUGCCAGGGGCAUAUGGCACAAUGACAACAAGAGCUUCCUGGUGUGGGUGAACGAGGAGGACCAUCUGCGCGUCAUCUCCAUGGAGAAGGGCGGCAACAUGAAGGAGGUGUUCCGGCGCUUCUGUGUCGGGCUGCAGAAGAUCGAGGAGAUCUUUAAGAAGGCCGGCCACCCCUUCAUGUGGAACGAGCACCUGGGCUACGUGCUGACCUGCCCCUCCAACCUGGGCACCGGCCUGCGGGGCGGGGUCCAUGUCAAGCUCCCCCAUCUCAGCAAGCACCCCAAGUUUGAGGAGACCCUCAAGAGGCUGCGGCUGCAGAAGCGCGGCACAGGUGGCGUGGACACCGAGGCCGUAGGUGCCGUCUUCGACAUCUCCAAUGCCGACCGCCUGGGCUUCUCCGAGGUGGAGCAGGUGCAGAUGGUGGUGGACGGCGUCAAGCUCAUGGUGGAGAUGGAGAAGAAGCUGGAAAAGGGCCAGGCCAUCGACGACAUGGUCCCAGCCCAGAAGUAGGCGCCUGCCCCCCGCCAGCGGGCACGUGUGACCUAAUAAAGUAACAGUGGCCACCUGG